CCCUAUUCUGAAAAAACCUCUCAACUGAGUUGAGAGGAAAUAUUUGAGAGAUUUCUUGUGAGGCAUAAUUUGUGAGGCUAUUCUAGCUCAAACCUCAUAAGAAAAAAGCUUAAAAAAGUCACCACGUGAGGUAAAAAGCUUUUAGCUGUCAAACAGCUGUUUUAAGAAAAAUAAGCAUACAAAAAUGGACACAACAAUGGAUAAUCAGAAUAUGCGCACAAAAACGGAGAGAACAACUCAGGAGCAGCUGCAGCAUUACAUAAUGUUUUGCAAGCAGCAUCCUGAGUUGCAACGCGGGAAGCUAACUCCGACCAACCCUCAAGGGCUGCAAAUGCUUUGGUCGGAGUUAGCAGACAAUUUAAAUGCAUUAAGAGGCCCAACGCGGUCGGCAGCCAAGUGGAAGGAGUCAUUAAUGCAUUGGAAACACCAGUUGCGAUCGCGAGCGCGCAAACUGAAAGCACAUUCGCAAGCGACUGGUGGGGGCCCUCCGAUAAGUGGAAUGACUCCAUUCGAGGAGCAAGCCAUAACAACAUUUGGGGCAGCAGCGGUAGAUGGAUUGCCGGGUGUUGCGACUUUGGGUCAUCAGGUUUUGCCGUUGUAUAUAAAUACACUUGAAGCUCCAGCUUCCUCGCCAACACAAACAGUCGCAUCGCCUGCUCCAGCACCCUCACUAGCAGUCGCAUCGCCUGCUUUAGCGCCAACACAAACAGUCGCAUCGCCUGCUUUAGCGCCAACACCAACAGUCGCAUCGCCUGUUCCAGCAUCUUCACUAGCAGUCACAUCGCCUGCUCCAGCUUUUCCUGCUUUAUCAAUCAAUUUUUCUUCCUCGCCAUCACCUCAUUUUUCUUCUUCACCAUCACCUCCAUCUUCUUCCUUAUCUCCUCCCAUAUUAUCUUCUUCUAUGCCAUCGCCUUCUUAUAUCCCUCCCGAAAAGUUGACUGCAGCGAAGAUGCUUGGAACAGUGCUAAAAAAAAUGGAGGACAGAGAAAAGCGAGAGGAGGAAACCAUUGCUCUACAAAGGCAAAUUGUAGAGCAAAAUGCGCAGAUGGCAGGGGUGCUGACUCAAAUGACACAGGCACUAACCUCGCUGUCAGAGGUUAUGGCUAAGUUGUCCCAAAAAUUGGAUAAAUAAUAAUAAAAAUGUAAAAAAUGAAAUAAAAAUGUAAAAAAUGAAAUAGAAAUGUAAGAAAUGAAAUAAAAAUGUAAAAAAUGAAAUAAAAAUGUAAAAAAUGAAAUAGAAAUGUAAAAAAUGAAAUAGAAAUGUAAAAAAUGAAAUAAAAAUGUAAAAAAUGAAAAAAAAAUUAAAUAAAAUAACAUGAAUUAUUUAAACAUA